UAGUUUCUGGUUCUGCACUACCAAAUGACUCGUCAGCAUAAGUUCCAUUGCGUGGUUACCCUUUUAUUCCCAACUCAAAAUUUUCUCCACCACCACUUGUAUUUAAUCCAUAUAUCGCAGUAUAAAGAGAGCUUUACUUUGCUUCACUCUAUCAGCUGAAAGCUUUCUUCUUCUUCUUUUUUUUUUUUUUUUUCUGUUGCAGGUUCAGGCAUGCUGGAAGGCAAGGCAGUCGUCGGAGAAACCGAUAUGCUUCAAACCAUGCAGCAGGUUGCUCUGGAUGUAGCUGCUAAAGCCCUCGAUUUCUUCGAUGUCGCCGAGGCUACUGAAAUCGCACGCUUCAUGAAGAAGGAAUUUGAUAGAGCAUAUGGAAGUGGGUGGCAAUGCAUUGUGGGGACUGAUUUUGGUUCAUUUGUGACACACUGCUCUGGUUGCUUCAUAUAUUUUUGCAUUGGCAGCCUUGCUAUUUUGCUUUUCAGGGGCUCUGCUGCCACUGAACCUGACCCACACCCCCUUUCUGAUUUAGAGACACUCAAAGCUUAGCAUUUUACUUUCAUUUUCUCUACUUUUUUUGUACCAACUUUAGUUUUAGUCCUCAAAUUUAAUGAAAAUAACAAAAUUUGGAUAUGAGAGAGUGUCGAAUAUGAACAUACGAUCCGAUAUAAUUUAUCUUAUAUUUAGUAUCUAAAUGUGCAUUCAAUAUAGAUAAAUGAACCUAAUUCAUCAUUAUUGCAAUAAAAUAACUCCUAAUUCACAUGAAAGAUACCAUAUAUAUAUAUAGCUGUAGAUACAAACUUUUUUUUUUCUUUUAAAAACAAAACUACAGGCUGAGUCGAAGUAAAGAACAAUGCUCUCGAACCAAAUACGAGGUACUUACAAAUAGUAUUACAGCAAACAUUAAUUCAGAAAACUCAAGGACCAUGGGAAUUCCAUGUAGCAUCAUUUUAAUUUUUUUUAUUUUCAAAAAUCAAAAUCAUCUUGAUUUGGUUUUGGUGAAGUUAACAUAGCUGUAUAAAGCCUGAGUCUGUCCUCCCCCAAUGAAUUACUUCUCGACAACGGCCUCCGAGGCCUAAUGAAUGACAACGACGUAAGGGUUAACCGGUGUUUGUACCGCCUCCAAGCCAAUUGAAUCGCCACCGCAGCCCAAGUCCGCCAUCCGGGAGAAUAAUACCGAGCACUCCUCUUGACCCUUUCGUUAACAAAUGUGUAACGGAAAUGUUGUGUGACGUAUUUGACAUCCUCAGCAUCGAGGCCAAAUGCCUCGGUAGUUUCAAGCGUUACGAGGGUGGAAGUCGAUGGUGGGAGCCUCUCAA